AUGCCACCUUCUCAUCAACGACAUCGUCGAUCGCCGUUCAAACGUACUUCAUUCCGUCGUACAUCAUCGGGUUCGAGUUCUUUGAGAUCAUUUUCGGAGAUCCAGUCUCCUCUUCAUACUAAUCAGUCUCAGUUAUCAAAUCCCGAAAUCUUGGAAUGGAAGAAAGAGAAUUUUUCGAUUCGAAAUGUGGAUACGGAUAAACACUCUGUUACUUUUCAUCCUACGGUUAUGGUGACGAUAUGUCGAGAUGAGAUGACUGGGACGAGAAAUGGGGAUGGAGAGACGUCCCAAUCGCAAUCGCGAUCUCAAUCUCACGUUCUCCGAUGCGAAAAUAUAAUAGGAGGGAUCGAGGGAAGAGAUAUUAGUCCAAAUCCUAGUAGUGCAUAUUCUAUCAGCACUCUUGGAUAUCCAACUACAAAUGCUGAGGAUGGUUCAUAUACCUCUUGUUCUUCUUUCCCGACGACUCCGGAACUUUCGCUCGGGACAUUGACCUCGACAUCAACAUCUGCGGUUUCGGUUUCUGAUCCUGAUACUUCGUUUUUGGAUGCGCUGGGGAAAAUCGACGAGGAAUCGGGUGUAUCGGUAUCGAAUUCACGAAUGCAGAGAUGGAAAAGUUUUGGGAUGGUGAGGGGAUUUUUGGGGGGGAAGAGUCGGAGGGCGUGGGAUGGAGAUGAGGAUGUAGCGGGAGAGGAAGCGAGAAAUGCAUCAAGAAAGGGAGAUGGGAAAGAAGAAGAAAGGCGGGAGAGAAGAGUAAGACCUUUUCUGAGGAAAUAUUGCCUUCAUCCUUUUAGUAUGAGGAGUGGAUUUCGAUUGGUGGGGUGGAUUGAGGAUCCGGUUGGGUGUUUUGUGGGUAACGGAACAGCUUAUGGAACGGGGUAUGCAUAUGGAGGGGGAAUAGGAGAUGCGAGGUUAUGGGAUGAAGCGAGACGGAGUGGAUGGGAGGGGGGGAUGUAUUGA